CUUGAAUAUGAUCCAAUUGAUAAAAUGUAACACUAGUAGUUUUAAAAAGGGCAAAUUGAGAGAGACGGAAAAGAGAGGGCCAUUGAACAGAUGACGUGUUACAGCAGGUCCUUGCAUCUUCCGGGUCGGUGUAAACAGUGUGCGGUCUUCUCAUACAAAUCAGUAAAAUGUCGAAAGUAACGUUUAAAAUCACGUUGACGUCGGACCCUCGGUUACCAUUUAAAGUAUUAAGUGUACCUGAGAGCACGCCGUUCACUGCAGUUUUGAAAUUUGCAGCAGAAGAGUUUAAAGUGCCAGCAGCCACCAGUGCCAUCAUUACAAACGAUGGCAUCGGAAUCAACCCGGCGCAGACAGCAGGAAAUGUGUUCCUAAAGCACGGCUCGGAGCUACGAAUCAUUCCCAGAGAUCGGGUCGGAGGAGGUCGCCGGCCCAGGAUGUGACUAUCUAGUGAUUUUCUGUCACAGACGAUAAACAUACUUGUGUAUUUAUUGUCCAGCCCUGAGGUGUCAACUCUCAGCUGCUCUAACAGGCACUGCUAUGGCUCCAAGUCUGUCAGAGGACCUCUCAAAUCUCACCGAGCUGCCAUCAUUUCCCCCUUUUCGGCAUAAACACUCACUGGACAUUGUCGUUUUUGCCCCAGAAUUUCAAACCACUAGGUAUUUCGAUCUUUCACAAAAUGUUCCAGCUGUGUAGUUUAAGAUCACAUACUUAAUGUUUUCAUAAUGCAUAUUUUUAUAGUCAAUUUAAUAUCUUUUUCUUUCAGUUUCAUGUUUUAUGGUCCCAUAAUGGUUGUUUUGAGCUAUGUAUUAUGUAGCUGUUAUUAUAGGCAGAUAAUGACAAUGUCAGCGUUAUGAAAGUCCUUCAGUUGUGUAGGUUAGUAACUAUACAAAAUAAUAUGGUUAAAGAAGCUCUAAAUACGAUAAUCAAGCAAUUCAUAUUAUAUAAUAUGUAAAUGUAUAUAUUAAAAAAACUUCCCAUAGUUAUUAAAAAGUGCAAUGUUACAUAAACCAAUUUGACGUCUAAGUUGCUUUUUGUAGCUUUCUUGGUCACUCAGCGGCUGUGCCUUUUCAUUAAGUCUUAAAACCGUGACUUACUGCAAGAGCUGAAUAGUAUAUCAGGCUAAUGAAUGACAGGCUUCUACCUUUGCUUUUACACCCUCCACUUACCCUCCUUCUCUUACAUUACUGCCAGGCGGAGGAGGAGAGUCUGACUAUUCAGUGUCAUAAUGGAUCUUUCAUUUGUUUUAAUAAAAGAGCAGGCAUGCUGUGCCCUUUCCAUGCCACUCAUUACUGGGAAAAGGGGAGAAGUGCAUUAUAGAUACAGCAAGGCCAACAUUAUUCAAACGCAGACAUGUUACUCUGGAUCACAUUUGAAAAGGCGUCGCUUGUUUCCAGCCUCAUUUGGCAGGAAAUGAUGCGGUUUGUUCAUUAGCCGUGGAAGAAGUUGUGCUUUUACUGAAGCGAAUGAGUUUUCCCCUAUAACAAAUGUCAAAUUGAAAAGUAAAAAAGUUACAAAUACACUUCUGAGUGUUCAUGUCAUAAAUAUUAAAGAAUGCAUUGAAUAACAAACUA